AACGCUCUUCGUUUUUCAGUGCUUUGCUUUGCUUUGGUUCCUUGCUCGCUUGCUGGCUGGCUGGCUGGCUUGCACCGCUCUCGCAUCCGGACAACGGGGAAUUUACCCACACGCUGGCCAUCGCCGCUCUUCGUCAAUUACAUGUCUCCACACUCAUCUGGUUGGGAGGAUUGCAAGAUGCGAUCCGUUCACGAUGAUUUUGGAUAUAAUUGGUGCCUUGACUAGGCGUGUCGUGCCGGGUUAGGUCGAUGGUGUGUGAAAUAUUCUAAGGAGGCGUGGAAUCUUUUAUUGCGUUUUGGUGGAGGAGAUGGUGCCUGUUGAAGAGGGAUUUGUUUGACUUUGUCUUGGGCAAUGUCAUUCCUAUGACAAUUAUUGACCUCUUUAGUUUCUGAGGAUUGAGCAUCACGCCGCUUCAUCUCCGAAUGGAUCUUUCCUCACCGCCCCUCCUAGUGCCGCCAUCGGCACUGAAUCGUUUUUCUAAAGGCCCCUACUCGAGUGAUGACUCCAUGCCUUCCUCACCAACCUCAAAUACCUCCGCUGCGGCUUCGCCCCAAAUUUCGCCGCGAUUGGAGGCUCCACAAGCAUCUACGCAACUCGAUGCUCUGCUCUCUGUAGCCUUCAAUCAAGAUCAUGGAUGCUUUGCAUGUGGCACACAGACAGGGUUUCGUAUUUAUAAUUGUGAUCCGUUCAAGGAAACUUUUCGUCGGGAAUUCGAUGGGGCUGGGAUUGCAAUAGUGGAAAUGCUGUUUAGGUGCAACAUUUUGGCUUUGGUUGGUGGAGGUAAAUCACCGAGGUACUCCCCCAAUAAGGUGAUGAUUUGGGAUGAUCAUCUGAGCCGGUGCAUAGGAGAGUUGUCAUUCAGAACCGAAGUUCGAGCUGUCCGUCUUCGGAGGGAUAGGAUCAUUGUCGUCCUGCAAUUUAGAAUCUACGUGUACAACUUCGCUGACUUGAAGCUACUUCAUCAAAUCGAAACUUGGUCCAACACGAAAGGAAUCUGUGCACUCUCUCCUUCGCCAAAAACGUGUGUUCUUGCGUGCCCAGGCCAGCGGAAGGGUGAAGUACGGGUUGAGCUUUACACUUCAAAGAAAACAAGGUUUAUAAUGGCGCAUGAUUCCUCGUUAGCUUGCCUCUCACUUUCUCUGGAUGGGUCUCUUUUGGCCACUGCGAGCAAUAAGGGCACUCUUGUUCGGAUAUUUAACACGGCCGAUGGCACUAAGCUGCAAGAGCUUCGACGUGGAGUAGAACGUGCGGAGAUAUAUAGUCUUGUUUUUCAUCCAAAUCUUCGUUGGCUUGCCGUUUCUAGUGCUAAAGGCACCGUCCAUGUCUUCACAAUUAAACCGACCACUGAAGAAGCUCGCUCUGAGGCAAUCGCGAACACCUCCUCUGCCUCUGCAGAUGGAUCAGCUCUAUCUCCCGGCAAGAACAAUGAUAGUCCUCUGGGCAGUUCUUCAUUAUCAAUGUCAUCUCCAUCUGCAAAUGCGGGCUCAUCACUUUCCUUCAUGAAGGGUGUUCUGCCCAAGUACUUUAGUUCAGAGUGGUCUUUUUCACAGUUCCGCGUGCCUGAGGAGACCAAGGCUAUAGUAGCAUUCGGGUCUAUGAAGAAUACGAUUGUUAUUGUGUGUGCCAACGGGAGUUACUACAGGUGUUCAUUUGAUGGAAAGGAGGGUGGAGAAAUGGUACAACUUGAAUACGAACGUUAUAUGAAGCCUGAAGAAACUGAGGAAACCGUGUCCAUGUAAGUUGCUGAGUUAGGCUGUAGACUUGCAACCUUUAAACGAAAGGGAGAGCUAAUAACGGCCCUCUGUCAGUCAUAUCCAAGUUGCGUGAAGACCGAAAUGUGUGUGAAACCCUGCUGCAGUUAUACCCACGAAUUUUAACAGCUUCAGCAUUCGUUCGGGCUUGAAAUUAAGCGACUAAUUAGAGGCUGUCAGUUGAAAAGGGGCAUAUUUGUAUCAAGAGGCCGGACUUGAAGCUUGUGCCUAUCUAUUGCUCUUUUUAUUUAUGUAGUCCUAAACGAGAUUUCAUAUUUUAAUUGUACAGUGGUGGAAUGUAGUGUAAAGAAAAUGUACAGUACAGUAUCCUAGCCUCACCUUUCUAACCACAUGACUAGGUUUGUAUGAAAUAGUUCUGCACCAUAAGAUUGACAGAAUGUUUUAUAAGAUUAUUUCAUGUGAUGCAAUUUUAAUUUCAACCGUGUGAAUUUUUACAUGAA